GCAACACUGCGUACCAACAACAAAUCAAGGCCAACUUCGCAGUAAAAACGUUCUGUUAAAAUUUUCAGCUGUUGGACUGCGGUGAGUCAAACGCGUUCGUGAAUCAAUUGUUUCGUCGGCCAAAUACAGUGAUAUUUAUAGAUCGUGCCGUUCCCAUUCUGAAAUCUUGAUAAAGCGCAUUAUAGUUCUGCCAAAAUGACUCUCGUCUGGGGCAUUAUUGCAUCGUUUUUGUACGUGGAAAUAUUUGUGGUGCUUUUGCUCGUUCUACCACUCCGGAGCCCGCAGCAAUGGCAUCGAUUUUUCAAAUCCCGCUUCCUGGCCAUGCUGAGCCGCCAGGCCCAGACCUAUUUCUAUCUGUUACUGGCUGUACUAGUUCUGUUCCUGCUGGAAGCCAUCCGUGAAAUGCGUAAAUACUCGUCCAACGAUCACACACACACCGAAACACACUUGAAUGUGGAGAUGCAACACAGCAUGCGAUUGUUCCGGGCACAGCGAAACUUUUACAUUUCCGGCUUUGCCAUCUUCUUGUCGUUGGUGAUCCGGCGCUUGGUGUCACUUAUCAGUGGUCAGGCAGUGCUGCUGGCACAAGCUGAAGCUUCCAUGAAGCAAGCGCAAAGUGCAACCAGCGCCGCUCGCACCUUGAUGAAUCAGCAGAAGGAUGACGAUAAGAAAACCGAUGCCAAGGAUAAGCCGGCUGGUGGUGAUGCUCCGAAUACCGAUGAGCUGAAGAAGAAAAUUACCGAGCUUGAGCAAGAGCUGGCCAAGGAGCGCAAGGAUAAGGAAGCGAUGAAAUCACAAUCGGAAAGCCUGAACCGCGAAUAUGACCGCCUAACGGAAGAGUACAGCAAACUGCAGAAGAAAAUCACUAUUUCUAGUGCGGACAAGAGUGACUAAGGUGAUGGGCCCACGUUUUCCUGUUAAUCACCAUUAUUUUUAUUGUUUUUCAUUUACCGGUUUAUAGGGGUUUGUUUCUUUAUGCCAAUUUCAAAUGUGCGUACAUUUCUUUUCUACCAAUGAUGUUCAUCAGUCAUAUAAAUUUAAGUGUUUUUCACCAUACACAUAUACAUAUAUACUUUUCGACUAAUUCACGGUUUGCCUCAUAGAGCAGGGACCAGUUUUUUCUUACCCUAUGAAGAGCAAUUGCAUUUCUUUCGAAUUAAUAUUCAAUGCUUCAGUAAGCAACUUUAGGAGCGUUGGGUUUUACGGUGAACUUUACGAGCGAAAAUUUAAAGCAGUGAAAACUUCACUAUGCAGCAGAGGAAGGAAGAUAUCCUUUUCCAGACAGGGUGAUAUUAAACGAAAGUACUGAAUUUCGAGCGACAACACAAAUCUUAACUGUUUGCAACUAAACAAAAAAAUCUAUUGAAUGUAAGAAACCGAGACAAAAUAAAUGUUUAAUAACGAAACCUAGCAUUGAA